AUGCAGACAGUGUUUAGGCCAUUGAGAAGUGUGAUUCUGACGCCCGCUCGAGGCCUGGCGCGGUCCAGCAGGCUGCAGUCGGGACACAACAAGUGGUCGACGAUCAAGCACGAUAAAGCGAAGAACGAUGCUGAGCGGAACAGGCUUUUCACGCGGAUGGCCAACCAGAUAUCGGUGGCAGUCAAGCAGGGCGGGUCUGCCGACCCGACGCUGAACCUGCGACUGGCGGCGGCGAUAGAAGCGGCGUCCAAGGCCAAUGUGACCAAGAAAGUGAUCGAAAACGCAAUCCGCAAGGGCGUCGGCGAGGGUGGGGCGCGCGACAACGCCGAGGCAUGCAUGUACGAGGCGAUAGGGCCCGGUGGCGUGGCGUUUGUGCUGGAGGCGCUCACCGACAACAAGAAUCGGACCGUGAGCCUGGUACGCGCCGCGUUCAACAAGCAUGGCGGCAACAUGUCGCCCGCUCAGUACUUCUUCGAGCGCCGCGGGUACGUGGCAAUCCAGCCACCGGCCUCGUGCGAGAGUUACGACGCGGUGUUUGAGGUUGUGUCCGAGGUCGAGGGCGUAGAGGACCUGGAGCUAUGGGCGGAAGAGAACUUCGAGGCGAAGGAGGGCUUUGCCGCGGAGACCUACGAGGUGAAGACUGAGCCCACCGCGACAAACCGCGUGGCGACCCUGCUCAAGGAGCGCAACUUUCUUGUGCGCGAUGUGGGAAUUGGCUACGAGCCCAAGCCCGACAUGGCGGUCGAAAUAGCAGAUGCCGAGGUCGCGAAGAAGCACAAGAAGUUGCUUGCGCAGCUGGACGAGAUAGACGAUCUCACGGAGGUCUACAUGAACCUCAAGCAUUGA